CUAAUUGAAAGAUUUUGGAAAUCUUCGUAUCUUUGCCCUUUUCUUCAUAAUAAUCGCCUCCAUGACGUCUUAUUGGGAUGUUCGAUAAGAUAAAAACUGGUUUUCGUUACGCGAACGAUUACUUGAAAAUCGUCAAGGACGUUGCCAAUCUUGUAUCUCAAAGUUUAAAUCCUGAAAAGGAAGAAUCUUCUAAACGUGGAGAUCGCGGAGGGGAUGAUAAAAAUCAAGAUUUUGGUCCAACCAAUGUAAUCUCAGCGUUCUUCAGAUUACUCGGUCUUGAUUCACAAAAGAUCGCAGCUAUUGCAGUGAACAGCGUUAUUUUUCUUGCACAAAUGAUCAGUUCUCUUUUUGGAUUGCCACCGGUGAAAGAUGAUAAAGUUGAUCAAUCCAUUGAAACUGAAUCACCUUGGGAUCCAUUGAAAUUUAUCCUAGAGAAUAAAAAUGAUAAAAUGACAAAAUUGAUCGAGGAGGCUCGUAACGAGGCACUUCCGGAUCGAUUGAUGGACACAAUAGAUGGUUUCGAUUCAGCCUGCAUCAGAUUGUUACUUUGUAAAGCAUCAAUAGUGAUCAGAUCUGCUCAAGAGUCUCUGAAGAAGAAGAAGUCAAACGGGAUUCGUUCGUUUACCGCUUGGCUUCCAUCUAAAGAAGACUUCGAGAGGAACUCCGAUGAGUGUGAGGACAAAUACACAGAUUGUAGAUUAUUUCCGGAAUCAUGAGUUCAAGGAAGAUGAAGAGAGGUAGAGAGAGGUAGAGAGAGGUAGAGAGAGGUAGAGAGAAAGAAAGAGAGAAACAGACAGACAGAUAGACAGAGGAAGAGAAAGACGGAAGAUCUAAAGAUCCUGAAAUAAAAGUACCAACAAUGUGUCUAUUAUUAUUUUUUUGUUUACUUCAUUCUCUUACGGACGCUAAUGUUUCAUAUUCAUUUUGUACAGAAUUUUUCAUCGGUUCAAAUGUUAAAAGUAUUUUGUCACAUUAAAACUAUGCGACUUACUGUCGUGAAUUUAAAAUAAUAUCGAUACGUAGAUUAAAAAUUCUUUCCCUUGUUCUCUUAUUUUUUUUUUUUUUUUUUCUUUUUUUUUGAAUAAAAAUAACGCAUGACAAUCGAUCUUUGCAUAUUUGCAAAAUAACAUACUAAUAAUCUUAAUUCAAUUGCAUAUACUAUAAAUAAGGUGAACGUAAGAAAUAUUAAGGACGGCACUGAUAUAAAGAACUAUACUUUGGAGUUGAGAUAAUAAAUGAUAUAAAUAUUAAAAAGCAUAUUAUUCUAAAUUAUUCUAA